AUGUCAGAACAAAAUGCAGCACCUGCCGGAGACGACAACAAGAAGUCAGAUAGUGAACACAUCAAUCUCAAGGUGGUCGGAAAUGAUCAUAAUGAAGUGUUUUUCAAAAUCAAAAGGACAACCCAACUAAAGAAGCUUAUGGAUGCCUACUGCGAAAGACAGGGAAAAUCCAUAAACUCGGUCCGAUUUCUUUACGAUGGCGAACGUGUUCAACCUCACAACACACCUAAUGAGCUGGAAAUGGAAGACGGCGAUGCAAUUGAUGUUAUGGUCGAACAAAUAGGUGGAUAUUCGCCCAAGUGA